GGAAGCGGAAAAGUGUUACCGCACCACAAAAAUCAACGAUGACGUACCAACAGUGAAUGAUUUGACCCCCAAAAACCCACACAGUCUCUCUCUCUCUCUCUCAAUUUGGGAUUCGAGACGAAACCCUAGCUCUGAUUUUUUUCAAUUCCGAUGGAGGCGGGAGAGCGGCGCAAUGGCGAUUCGAUGAGUCACAAUCACCGCGCACCGAAGAAGCCACGUCUCGCUGGGUUAUUAACCGAGUCAGAUAUCGACUCUGAGUUCGCUCACCACCAGACCGGUGUUGCCAGAAUCAACAACGGUAGCUUCGGGUGCUGUCCUGGCUCCGUUCUCGAGGCGCAACGCGAGUGGCAGCUUCGUUAUCUCCGUCAGCCUGAUGAGUUCUACUUCAACGGUCUCCGUCGUGGACUUCUCGCUUCUCGAACUGUGAUCAGUGACCUAAUCAACGCCGAUGAUGUUGAUGAGGUCUCUCUCGUUGAUAACGCCACCACUGCUGCUGCUAUUGUUCUUCAGAAAGUUGGAAGGUGUUUCUCGGAAGGGAAGUAUAAGAAGGAAGAUACUGUAGUGAUGUUUCACUGUGCGUUUCAGAGUGUGAAGAAGUCGAUUCAGGCUUAUGUCUCUCGUGUGGGAGGUUCUACUGUUGAGGUUAGGUUACCUUUCCCUGUAAAUUCGAACGAAGAGAUUAUCUCCAAGUUUAGAGAAGGACUAGAGAAAGGUAGAGCGAAUGGUAGAACGGUUAGGUUAGCUAUCAUUGAUCAUAUAACGUCGAUGCCGUGUGUUUUGAUGCCGGUACGAGAAUUGGUUAAGAUCUGCAGAGAGGAAGGUGUGGAGCAGGUUUUUGUUGAUGCAGCUCAUGCCAUUGGUAGUGUUAAAGUUGAUGUGAAAGAAAUCGGAGCUGAUUACUAUGUGAGUAAUCUGCAUAAAUGGUUCUUUUGUCCACCGUCUAUCGCGUUUUUCUAUUGUAAGAAACGUGGUUCUGAGUCUGAUGUUCAUCACCCUGUGGUGUCUCAUGAGUUUGGAAAUGGUUUGCCUAUAGAAAGUGCCUGGAUUGGGACUAGGGAUUACAGUUCACAGCUUGUGGUUCCAUCUGUGAUGGAGUUUGUAAACAGGUUCGAGGGAGGGAUGGAAGGGAUAAUGAUGAAGAACCAUGAUGAAGCUGUUAGAAUGGGUUUAAUGCUGGCUGAUGCUUGGGGAACGAAUCUAGGGUCACCUCCAGAAAUGUGUGUUGGGAUGGUUAUGAUCGGUUUACCUUCAAAACUCUGUGUUGGAAGUGAUGAAGAUGCUAUUAAGUUGCGGUCAUAUCUGCGGGUUCAUUACUCAGUUGAGGUUCCAGUUUUUUAUCUCGGAUUGAGGGAUGGAGAGGAAGGAGUGAAAGACAAAGACAGUGGACUAAUUACUGCGUAUGUUCGGAUCUCUCAUCAGGUCUAUAACAAAACUGAGGAUUAUGAGAGAUUGAGAGACGCAAUAACAGAGUUAGUCAAGGAUCAGAUGACUUGUCAAAACCUUCCUGCAUUGUAGUAACCAGGUAUGCUUCAGAUUCACAAUCUUGCUUACCAUCUAGAGUUGAUUGCCAUGCUUAACAUCUGUUGGCUUCUCUGCCUUCAAAAUGGUGGACUGUAAAAAAGCAGACAACUUUAGAUCUUUUUUCCAUGCUCUAGGUGAUGAUUGCUUGAUCGUAUAUGAACCAAACCAAUUAAGAUCAACUGCCGGUGUAACAAUAAGGCGAUGGAAGAGCCACGGGCAAAGAUUCCGGAGGUAACAUGUAUUGAUGAGCUUGUGGAGGAGCGGCUUGCAAUGGAAGAAGAAGCUAACCUUGAGAGGCCCUCUCUUUUUAUUAGUCUUUUAUAACGUUUAACGGCUUUGUAUGAUUAUUGCAAAUAAAAUCAUGUGCGUCUAAUCUUAUCUUCCUCAAACAUUCUGCUUGCGAAUCUCCUGUCGCAGUUCCAAUAAUUUUUCCUUAUUGAAAACUUUUUCCCUCACAUUGAAAGCAUAUUCAUAGAUAUGUAAUGACACCUAAUUUAUCAUUGUUUUGUAUGAUUCUGGUUCGUUUUCACAUCUAUGUCUAUUAUGUCUAUUUACC